CAUGAAUACCUUGGUAUCUGCUAAGUUCUGCUCGUAAUCUCGACAUCUAGAGCCAAAAUCCGACCAUAUUAGGCUACCUUCACCGGAGUCUCCCCUACGAUGGCCUACUACCUCGCUCUCAUUUCACCCUCGGACUCUCCGAUCUACGAGACCUACCUCACCUCGUCGAAACCUCACAAUCAGAUCGCAUCCUCCUCCACAUCCACCUUUCCUUCUUGGUCAUCCUUUCCUACCUUCAACAACAACCAACACAAUGCUCAACCUUCGUCAGCGUCCGCCUCGGCUGGGCAACCUCCGGCUAUCCCUCCGAAAGACCCUUUCCCACCGCAAUUCCUCGGUGGGCCUGGCACGCCUUCCAAACCCACCUCCGGCGCCAUUCCUAACAACCUUACGGGACAGCCUCCACAAGGAGUGGAGAAGCACGUCAUGCAAAUGAUCGCCUUUUCAAGCUUGGAUAUCGUUGAGGAUGUCAUGGUCGGGACGGGGAGCAUGUACUUGAAGAUGAUAGAUAAAUUCAACGAAUGGAACGUCUCGGCAUUCGUGGCGCCUUCAGUGAAAUUGAUCAUCCUGCACGAUAUCAAGAACGACGAAGGCAUCCGUCUGUUCUUUAUGGACGUCUGGGAACAUUACGUCAAGACGGCGUUGAACCCGUUUCACACCCCGACGACCAGGAUCACAUCGACAUUGUUUGACCAGCGAGUCCGAGCGAGCGCCAAGAGGCACCUAUAGCUCACUACACCACACUCUCUACUUCUUACUGGCUAGGCUGGGGAACCAGACUAUGAACGGGAUUUGUUAUGGGGGGCAUCAGCUUGCGUUUCAGGCGGGGUACCAGGACGCUUUGACGGUUUGCAAUGACGACACUUCACUUUUCUGUUGUAACGCUCCAUUAACGACAAUAGUGAUAUACCAUCCGAUUAUACGUGUUUCCGG